GCUCGCCACAGAACUUUGCACACUUUGCCCAUCAUGCAGCUCAAUUUCUCCGCCGCUCUCGUCCAGGCCCUCCUCGCCUUCCCGUUGCUCUCCAAUGCAGCAACCAUUCCUGCCGAAGGAGAUGCGUCUGUAGCGCAGCUCGAGGCUCGCGCUGACUGCACUCUAUACGCCCACUGGCUCACCAACUGGAACGAAUACGGCCUGCGCCGAUACAGGGUUAAGAUCGGGCAAGAUCCCGGUAACAGCAACGAAUACACUGAUCAGUUUCACAACAUCUUCAUGGGGUAUGGAUGGGGUGAGGCCAAUAACCCUCAAUGUUUCUGGAACCCUCCUGACAACUCUCGUGUCUGCGAUGUCAGCUUCGCUGAGGGAAUAGUCGGACAUAACGCUUAUAAAACCUCGUUCCAAGAGCCUCUGAACUUAUUCCGCGCUCGGACUGGCUGCGACGUCAACUCCGCCCUCUAAGAUCGAGAGCGAUUGUUAGAUUCUGGGUUGUAAUAGAUAUGAGUCUGUUCUAUUCUUCAAAAAAAAACUUGCUUUUGGGUUACUAUUCUUCUUCACGUUUCCUUGCUAUCAAUAGCUUGUUUGUUUGUGGUAUCAAGUCGCGCAAAAACGAUCAAACAUUCAUUGCCGCCAUAUAAAAAUAUGCAACGAGCGGUAGAUGCUAAGGACGGUCCAUUGGAAUGAAAAAGCUAACCAGCGAGGUAACAUAAUUCGUAGGGUAAGCCACACCGAACAAUUGGCGCCGGGUGACACAUCGCGUAAUUCCGGGGCUUCACGAGACAGCGUCGCACGAAGUAUGAUUGAAAAGACGGAUACUAGACAAUGACUGUCUGUUGUUACUACGCCGACUACUGUUGCCCAACAUAGAUACCAACUACAUGCCCCGUCCGCCGCGACGCCAAAGAUUCAUUUACGUAUAUAAAAGGAGGCUGCGGCCCCCAUCGUCGUGCGGGCACACAAAGGGCAUCAAUUCUGAGUUCUGACGCCGUCGGAAAGGCUUGUCGCCCGGUAUAGCAGCACACAUGACCACACUGUCUGGCGCCUGCCUCCCCCGUCACAAGUCUUUUCGAACAGCGGAUUGUCACUUGACAGGAGCGUAUACAGACGGUGAACUGGGUGAGGCAGACAGUCGGGUACCUGCCGCUGGGCUU